UUUUACCCUACUUUUCUACAUCGGGAGAUAGUUUGUCCUAAACAUCCCGUGUAGCCCAAGCUACUAAAUAAAAAGAAUGCAUUCGUUCCCCCAACCUCCGAAUUUCUGAGGCCAUAACGCAAAUACUUGACGCUUAGCUGACCUAUGAAGAACCAGACUACACUUCCCAAGAGCACGCGCAGCCCUAGCCACCCCCACCUGGCUCGCAGUGUUUAAUUUCUGUGGCCGGUGGCUGGAAAAAGACAAUGGUUUCCAUGUCAGCGGAUAAACGCGCUCCCCUUAGCUGCUAGACUAGAGGGAGGACGUAGUAGUCAGUGUGUGCAGAGGAGCGAGGAAGCUCGUAAGGAAGUUGGUGACCGACAGUGCAAGAGCCAUGCCGCGCCGGGGUCUAGUGGCUGGGCCAGAAUUUGAGCAUUUCCGUCGUCGCUAUUUCACGCCAGCAGAGGUUGCCGAACAUAACCAUCCCGAAGACCUCUGGGUGUCUUACCUGGGAUACGUGUACGACUUAACGCCACUGGUUCAGGAAUAUAAGGGGAAUCUGCUGCUGAAACCCAUCGUGGAAGUUGCAGGUCAGGACAUCAGCCACUGGUUUGAUCCAAAGACCAAAGACAUCCGUAAGCACAUAGAUCCUCUGACCGGCUGCCUGAGGUACUACACCCCGCGGGGCCGUUUUGUGCACGUUCCGCCCCUACUGCCUCGUUCGGACUGGGCCAACGAUUUCGGGAAGCCCUGGUGGCACAGGUCUUUUUAUGAGGUGGGGCGGCUGUCUGCCAAGACCCGGAUCAUUCGCAUCAUUAAUACGCUCACAUCGCAGGAGCACACACUGGAGGUGGGGGUCCUGGAGUCAAUGUGGGAAAUCCUACACCGCUAUCUCCCCUAUAACGCGCAUGCUGCCAGCUACACGUGGAAAUAUGAAGGGAAGAACCUGAACAUGGAUUAUACUUUGGAACAGAAUGGGAUCCCGGAUGAGGAGGAAGAAUUUGACUUUCUCAAUAUGGACGGUACACUCCACACACCUGCAGUACUGCUGUACUUCAAUGAUGACCUCACAGAGCUAUAGGAAAGGAGAUGUAUGCUCAAGACAUAUUUUAAGUAUGGCUUUUUCUGUGCCUUGAGGAAAAGAGGUGGGGGCUGGGGGGGGUGUCUGGAUUUAGACUUCCAUUCCCCUCUGGGAACUUGCCUGUGGUUCCCAUGCCCUUCGGAAGUACAAAGGUCCUAUUCCCCAACUCCAUAACAAUUUGCUCUAAGAAACUUAGGAAGAAUGCUAGAAGUGAAUUAAUCUUUAAGAAUGAUACAAGAAGAUGAAGAAUUUUGGAUUAGGGAAAGGUAGAAGAGGUUAGUCAGAACUCAGGCAGAGCUGUUUGAUAAGAGAAAAAUCCUACAGGGAUGAAGGGUUGAAGAACUUUUUUUAGCAAUAAUGGAAAUAAGAUGACUGCAAUAAGAGGGGAUUUACAAAGAGAAGAAUAGGAGAUGUCUUAGCAUUGACCAAAUAAAAUUGGCUCCUCUUCUACAGGAGUGUUCAGCAGCUAAAACUUAAGAGACAGAAAGUAAGUGGAUGGUUGUCAGGUAAUUCAGGCUAGAUGUUAUGCUAGGUGCUUUAUAUACCCUAAGAUAGCUAUCUCAUAAGGUGGAUAUAAUUACCACCAAUUUACAGAAAAGUCUUUUGAAACUUAGAAAAGUUUAAUACCACAAAGGCACAUCAGUUAGUAAUCACCAGAGGAAGGAUGCAAAUCCAAGUCUGUUCAACUCUAGAGUUUAUGUUCUCAAUACAAAGGGACUAUCUCAAUGUCUAAUCUCAUGUCCAUAUUUGUGACCACAACUCUCAGACCAAGUAUUUGGAUGUGGAUUUGUUCUAAUUUGUUCUAGGCUUCUUGCAUAAUGGGAAACUGUAGAUCUACUAUUUAGUUAUCAGCUUGUCUUUGGGAGUUAAAAGUUCUCUAGUGGCAAAGAGAAAGCAUGGAAGGUUAAGCGUAACCUAAGAAAUAGCUAUUCAGGGUACUCUUAUUUAUUAAUCCCACAUUAAAAUUUCUCUUCUGAUUUUUUUUUCUUUUUUUGAGAUAGUCUUGUUGCCCUCGGUAGAGUGCCCUGGUGUCACAGCUUACAUUAACCUCAAACUCUUGGGCUCCAGCGAUUUUCCUCUUCUUUUUUUUUUAAACAGAGUCUCACUAUAUUGCCCUUGGUAGAGAGCCAUGGCAUUACAGCUCACAGCAAACUCAAACUCUUGGACUUAAGUGAUUCUCUUGCCUCAGCCUCCCAAGUAGCUGGGACUACAGGCACCUGCCACAAUGCCUGGCUGUUUUUCUGUUGUAGUUGUCAUUGUUUAGCAGGCCUGGGCUUGUGUGAACCCACCUACCUCAGCGUAUGUGGCCAGUGCCCUAACCACUGAGCUGAUCCAUCCCUAGUAGCUGGGACUAUAGGUGCCCACCACAAUGCCUGGCUAUUUUUAGAGAAGGGGUCUUGCUCUUGCUCAGGCUGGUCUUGAACCUGUAGUGCUCAGGCACUACACCUGCCUCAGCCUCUCACAGUGUUAGGAUUAUAAGUGUGAGCCACCUCGCCCGCCCUCUUCUGAUUUUUUUGAGACAAGGAUUUGGAUAUUUACUGACUCCAGGAAAAAGGCCUGCGAAUUGGGAGACUUUAAUGAGGCACUUUUUCCUGACAGGCCUUGCCACAUAGGGAAGGUGAAGAAGAUAGGAUUGACUUUAUAAGAUGGUGACUGCAAAAGAGGGAGCCUGACAAGGAUAAUAUAAAAAGAGGAGCUAAAUAAGUCAUAAAAGUUUCCUGGCGUCCCAAAGACAACAACCAUAGAGGCAAUGGCUAGAGCUGGUCCCCUUUAACCUCAUCAGGGGAGGGCAAACUAAGAAUAAUAGGUGAAUAGGUGAACUUUCUGGCAGCAGCAAGCAAGCAAGAAUCAGGGAGAGUUUAGUGCAUCUUCAUGGCAGGGGGUACCAGGGCUAAGUGCAGGGAAAAGUGGUCCCUGUGAGACACUUGGUGGGUUGCAAAGGAGUUUUCUGAGGCUCUAACUAUGAGAGGUAUGAACAAAUGUGGAGACACCCUGUUGGCUUCAGUAGUAUCUGAAUUCACUCUGAGACUGAGGGUUUAUAUCUAGUCCCAUGGAAUGCAGGAGUCCGUGAAUUAUCUGAGUCACUCAUUCUGAUCUUUAAUCAACUGUAUAAUUAUUUUAUAUGUAUCUUGUUUGCUCAAUUAAACCCUUAACUAUUUGUGAACCAAAGCUAUGCUAGGCUUUUCCUCUAGCCCAGUGGUUCUCAACCUUCCUAAUGCUGCGACCCUUUAAUACAGGUCCUCAUGUUGUGGUGACCCCCAACUGUAAAAUUAUUUUCGUUGCUACUUCAUAACUGUAAUUUUGCUACUGUUACGAAUCAUAAUGUAAAUAUCUGAUAUGCAGGAUAUAUCUUCAUUGAUAGUGACCCACAGGUUGAGAACCACUGCUCUAGCUGAAGCCUUAGGGCCUGUGCCUGUGGGAUGUGUUCAUUAUGAGAGAGAGACCUCUUCCAGAGUCUCCUACUUUAAUACCUCUUGCCAGGAACAUUUACAUACCCAGUCACUAUCAAGUAGAUUCUCUCCUAAAUAUGCCUAGAAGCCAUCUUCUUUUCUCCAGGUCACCAUCACUUUUUGUUUAGACUGCUAUGGAAACUUCCUGUCCUGUCCUCAUAUCUCCACUCCCAUCUUCCAUAUGCUGAGAACAAACUGAAAUAUCUAACUCUUCCUGCCUCACAUUCUUCAGUGGCUCCUAAUUGCUUUUAAAAUAAAAGUCCUAAAUUCAAAGAUCUUGUCUAAGUCAGGCCCUCCCUACCUCUUACAUCUCAAGCAAUACUCCCCUUUAUUGCCUAUUCCCCAGGCAUGCUGGCGGGCUUUCAAUUCAUUAAAUGUCUUCUUGCCUCAGAGCUUUCACAGACUGUUCUUUCUGCUUGUAGCUCUCUUCCUUCCACUCUCCAUCUAGCCCAUCCUAAAUGUUUCUUCCUCAGGGAGGCUAUCUCUGAUUUCUCGGUGUAGGUUAAGACUGUUAAAUCCUCUUAGCACCCUGCAUUUUUUAGUGUUAUUAUAAUUGUAAAGUUAUGGAUUUAAUUGUCUGGCUGGUUGCUAGACUGUAAGCACAUUAGGGCAGAGAUCUUGUCCAUUUUGUUUACAGUUGGAACUGUAAACAGUUAACUGCUCAAUAAAUUUUGAUUGAAUGAACUCAAAUGUUGAGUGAUUUAUUAUAACUAGGGGUUGGGAUGUUGUGUCCUGGAAGGCAAGGCAGAACCAAGAAGUAGAUGUCUGGUUCUUUGCUGUCAUCUUUAUCCAUAGGUUUCUCUUUCCUUGCUUCUCACAGAUCCCAAGACCAAACUUUACUCCAUAGAAGUUCUUUUCACCAGAUUUUUUGGGGACACUCCAUCUGUUAUUUCUCUCUAUGGCCACCAGGAGGCUGUAAUCGCUUAUGGAGUUAGGAAGUGGAGCCUGGAGCAGGGUAAAACCUUUCAAGUUCCAAAGUUAGGAUUGAAGGUGGCCCUUUGAGAUUGAUAGGAGGGAGGGAAGGCUCAGAAAAAAAAAAAAAAAAGAACCAUAUGGCCACCAUUCUAUUAAGUUUAUUCCUGCUUUUAAUUCUUUCUAUAAGCACACACCAAGAGUGCAGUUUGAGAAGUGACUCAUGUGAUAAGAUGAAAAGGCGGUCCUGAUAACACAUGUGGGAGUGUAUGGAGCAAAGUAGAGAGCUGAGGAAGGAAUAGACAUUUCAAGUUUUCAAGACAAGAAUACAUUCAUUUAUUACUAUAUACUGAAUUUUUUUUCUGUAUAAAGCUUUCCACUAGGCAUUGCCUUGUUCUCUAAAUAUACAAGAUUAGAUAACUGUAUGAAAAGUAUGUAAAAACCUCAACCUAACACCUAGAAAGUGACUAUAACAUGGGCCUGCACAGUGGCUCACACCUGUAAUCCCAGCACUACGGGAGGUGAUAUGGAUCACUUGAGAUCAGGAGUUUGAGACCAGACUGAGUAAGAAUAAGACCCCUGCCUCUACUAAAAGUAGGAAAAAUAGCUGGGUGUUGUGGUAGGUACCUGUAGUCCAAGCUAUCCUGGAGCCUGAGGCAGGAGGAUUGCUUGAGCCCAGGAAUUUGAAGUUGUUGUGAGCUAGACUGACACCACCGUACUCUAGCACCCAGGGGUGACAGAGACUCAAGAAAAUAAAAAUAUAAAUAAAUAAAAAUAGAAUGCGACUGUUUGGUCCAAGUCCUCUUGUGGUGAUCUCUUUUAUGUUGGAAGGUGGUGGGGUAGAAGAUGCAGUGUUGAAAGGAAGGCUGCUUGUCCUCUGUUGAAGGAGUUAACUGGCAAGUAUUUCCCACAAGCCAUGGUCCCUACAUACACACAUCACUGGGGCAAGGUUCCUUGAAGAAAUUCAUUGGGAUAAAACAUGCACAGGAGAAAGGUAAAUAAAAAUAUACAUAAAGGACUGAAUUAUGGUAUAGAAAAGCUUUCCACUCUCAUGGCGAGUCACAGCUGGAUAAUUUAACCUGGACAUCUGGAAACUAUUUUGAAACUGUUUCUAAACUGUGUAUGUGUGUGUGUAUCAUUUUGGAGAAAGGUACUGUAAUUUCCAUCAGAUUCUCAAAACAGCCCACUUCCCUAUACCUGAAACAGUAUAUAUAUAAACAGGUAACAAUAAUUUUAAAAGCCUCAAAAGAGACAAUACGAUAUGGUCUCAGGAUUCCUGGCACCUUUCUCAAUGGUCUGCCUCAACCUGUGUUAUACCUGUGCUGUUCCCAUGGCACCAAUUUGCAAAGCUUUGCCCCUGGGGGCUAAGUUUAUAACUAGUCUGAAGUGAUUUAGUACUAUAGCAAAUUUUGAUCUGGCUAUACUUUGUCAGUGAGUGAGGAGAUGCAUCAUUUGGGCUGGCACUGUAACCCUCAAUCAUGACAUCAGGAUAAGGGGAAUGCAUCUAGCCCCACAGCUUAGUUUAGGGCAACCACAUGGGUAUGUUGACACUGGGAGAAUAGCCACUUUAUUAUGGAUCAGUAGAAGCACAUGGCUUAGUUAUAAGAAAGCACAAAGAAUUUUAAACCUGAAUAAUCUUUAUUUUGGAGGUCAAAGAUUAGGUAUUCAAAAUACAAACAGAUAUACAGCCCAAAUACUGGGUAUUUUGGGCACACAAAGUACUAGCAACAAAAAAAGCUGGUCAAUGGGUAAAUUAAGUAAGAGCAUUAAAGUCAGGACAGAGACAAAGGUUGUUGAUAAGAACAAGAUAGGAGAAAUGCUAGUAUUAAGUCUUUUCCUUACUGGGAGCAACUCUAGCUACUGCCCUUUGGGAGCUUCGGGGCUACUUGGGGGAUCUGGCUUAAAUUACCUGACUAAAUCAUAUUUGUAUUCCCAAUAAUCAUAUAAUGCCUGGCAUGGAUUGGCAAUAAAUAAAUGUCUGUUUCAGGGAUGAACAUGUAACCCUCACUGUUUGAAAUCUAUGUUAACUCAAAAGCCAACUAGAUUCAGAUAAUGUGGUAUCCCUUGCUAGCUGUCACUGUUUUAAAGAGAGCCGAUGAGAUCUGAAUAGUGAAUGUUAUUUGUGCUAACAAGUUCUUUCAAUUCUUCCAUAGAGUAAGUAAUAAGGGAAAUUAAAUAUAUAUGUAUAUAUACAUAUAUGUCUGUGUGUAUAAUUACCCUUAACGAUAAGCCUAGAAGGGUAGGUCUUACCCCAUCAUAGUAUUCAGUUGAUAAUGUAUUUAGCUGCAUGUAACAGAAACCUGCUGUUUCUGUUUACCUUAACUACAAAGGGUCAAUUUUAUUCACAUAAUAAGAGGUCUGGAGUUAGCAGAACAGUGACUCUACUAGCUUUUCAAUGACUCAGGUGUCUCUUGCUUCCCCAUUUUUUCUCAUGCUUAUCAACUUUUUGGCUGCUCUAAUUCUAGCCUGUAUUGGAGGUAGAAAGGAGGAAAAGGGGAUGGAAGAAAAGGCAAUGUGUGUAUCAAGACAGCAAAACUUUUCCCAGAGAUCCUUGGUCUACCUUUGACUAUAUCUCAUUGAUAGGAAAUAUAUCACACGAUGACCCUUUGCUGCAAAGGAGUCUGAGACAGUGAUUAUUUUAUACUGACAUCAAAAACAAAAGCAGGGUCUACUACUAUGGAAGGAGAGAAUGGAUACCGGGCAGGAACUAACAACAAGCACUGUGAAGACUGCUAUUCAUCCAUUCAUUAACAAAAAAAGUUAUUGAACACUUUGUGAUACUCAUUUUAAAAGUUAUUAAGCAGAUGGCGCUUGUGGCUCAGUGUGUAGGGCGCUGGACCUAUAUACUGAGGGUGGCAGGUUCAAACCCGGCCCCAGCCAAACUGCAACAAAAAAAAUAGCUGGGCAUUGUGGCGGAUGCCUGUAGUCUCAGCUAAUUGGGAGGCUGAGACAAGAGAAUUGCCUAAGCCCAGGAGUUGGAGGUUGCUGUGAGCUGUGACACCACAGCACUCUACUGAGGGCAAUAGGGUGAGACUCUGUCUCUCUCUCAAAACAAAAAAAUAAUAAAUAAAUAAAAUAAAAAUAAAAAGUUAUUAAGCAUGUUGUGCAGGUACUGUUCCAGGAAUCAGGGAUAGAGAAGUGAAUGAAAACAGGCUUCCUGCUUUAUUUGGGCUUACAUUCUGGUGGGAUAAACAAUAAACCACUACAUAAGAUCAUUUCAGAUAGCACUAAAAAUUAUACUAUAUAUACAUACACAUAUAUGGAGUGGCCAUAAAGCCUUACCAUGGUCCACAAGGUAAGACUUGGCUUUUCUACGCUCUUCUUUGUCUCCAACAUUGGCCUUCCAGUUUCUGAACACUCCCCCCUACCCAGCUCCUUUGUGUCAGAGCCUUCUCACAUGCUGUUCUUCUGUGUGGAAUAAUACACCCUCCACUCUUCAUUUGGCUAAAUCCUGCUCCUGAGUUGCUAAAAUGUCACUUUCUCAAAAAGUCUUCCUUGAUACCUCCAAUUAUGUCAAGUCUCUUAUCAUACCCUCUCAGGGUGCUCUGAAACAUCAGUAUUACAGUUAAUGUAGUUAGUGUAAUUUACUGUUUAAUGUCAACCUUCCUCCCUUCUUAGAUUGUAACCCCUAUGAGUACAGGGACCAUGUCUCUUAUUUGCCACUACCCAGCACCUAACCUAGUGCCCAGCCCAGAGCAGUUACUCAGUGAAUACUCAACAGAGUGAACAAAUAUGAUGUGGUAAGUGCUACAAAACAGCUAAGUAUGAAAUGCCUCAGGAACAUACAUCAGGACCACUUAACCCAGUCAGGGGAAUUGGGUUUUCUUGGGAAGUACAUCUAUCAACUCAAGGUAAGAUAUGAAGGACAAGGAGGAAUUAGCCAAUUCAAGAGGAGGGAGAGUAUGAAGGGAUAGGCAGAGGAGAGAAUGCCUCCUUCAGAGAGUGUGGAAAGUUCAGGAGCAGAGGGAACUGCUGCACAGUAAAGCUAAGAGGAGAUGGGAGGCAGGGAGAAGGAAGGGGAUAAAAGAUGUCAAGACCAGAUCAAAUCACAGGGUCUUUGUAAACCAGGUCAAGUUUUUUAAAAAAUUAAGAUAAAUUUACAUACUAUAAAAUUCACCCUUUUGAUGUGUAUAAUUCAGGUUGGGCACGGUGGUUCACACUUAUAAUUCCAGUACUUUAGAAAGCUGAGGAGGGAAGAUUGUUUGAGCUUAGCAGUUUGAGGUCAGCCUGAGUAAGAGCGAGAUCUCAUCUCUACUAAAUAUCGAAAAAUUAGCCAGUCCUCAUCACAGGUGCCUGUAGUCCCAGCUACUCAGGAGGCUGAGGCAAGAGGACUGCUUGAACCCAAGAGUUUGAGGUUGCUGUGAGCUAUGAUGAUGCCACUGCACUCCACCUGGGGGUGACAAGAGACCCAUCUCAAAACAAAAACAAAAUGAACUGUACAUUUUGUGUUAAGGGUUUUAUAGAGAGAAUGAUAAUGAGCAGAUUUGCAUUUUAAAAAGGAGACUUGACUAUAUGUCAAGAAAAGAUGGAAUUGGAUGGGGGUGGAGACAGAGAGACUGAUGCUAUUCCAACAGUCCAGGAGAAAAGGUAGCUGGAAUUAGGUUAAUGCACUGAAGAUCACAGAAGGUGGAUUGAAAUUAAGGGAGAAUUGCAUGAUUGAUAAUUUGUUAGGUAGGGGUCUGAGGCAGAGGGAGAAGUUGGGAUGAUACCCAAGUGUCCAGCCUGGGUGAUUGGGGGUAUGGUGAGUUCACUGACAGAAAAAGGGACUGCUGGAGGAGAAAUUUGGGGACCAAGAUGAUGAGUUUUUAGUACCUGUAUGACCUUUGGGACAUACAAAGACACAUGUCCAGAUCUCAAGGGAUAUUUAGGACUAGAUCCUAAAAAGAGAGUUCUAGGUUAGUUACAGAUGUAGGAUUUAUUGGCAGAUAGUAACUGCAGCCAAAGUCCAGGAUGAUGGCACUUUGAGAGUGAAGUGUGAUCUAAGCAGAGGGCCUGAGAGGAACAAUAUCUAACAGAGGGGAGGAGGAAAAGAAGACUCAAAGAAGAGCCAGGGACAUGAGAAAGACCAAGGAAAAUGGUGCAUAGAAACCAAAGAGAAAUUUUCAGAGAAGGGAGUGGUAAACAAUGUGAGAUGUUGCACAGAGGUCGGGUAAAAUGAUGACUUGAGGAUUUGUGUUUUUCUUUUUUUUUGUUUAGUAGGCCCAUGCUUGGUUUGAACCCAGUAGCCCUGGUGCACAGGGCUGGUGCUCUAACCAUUGAUCUAUGGACGCCCAGCCAGACUUGAGGGUGGAGUCCAGGAGUUUGGGACCAGCCUAGGCAACAUAGUAAGACCCUGUCUCUGUAAAUGUUUUUUAAAAAUUAGCCAGGCACAAUGGCACACACCUAUAGUCCCAACUACCCAGGAGGCUGAAGUAGGAGGAUCACUUGAGCCCAGAAGUUCGAGGCUGCAGUAAGCUAUGAUCAUGCCACUGCCACUGUCACUGCACUCCAGCCUGGGCAACAGAGUGAAUUGAAACCCUAUCUCUUAAAAAAACCUCCAAAAACAGGGCAACCCAUUCUGGACCCCUUCCAUUAUGCUGAAUAUUUUCCUAUCUCUAAAAACUAUCAUGG